GUUGAUACGCCUCUGAUAUUUAGAGUAGUGUUUUUAUGUGAGGAUUUUUAAGUUGUUGAUUGAAAUUCGAAACUUAAUGAUGAUGACUCAGCUUAAAAUGACAACAAUGAUGCAUCUAAAAUGUUUUAAAUGACGAUUUAUGUAAAAUGGAAAACUUCAGUAGAGACCUUCUUUUAAAAAAGCUUAGGGAUCGCUUGAAUUCUGAAAAAAUUAAAUUGUGGUUGCCUCCAUUCACAACUGAAGAUAAACAGAAAGGAGAAAUACCUGAGUCCCUCAUCACUAAAGUUUUUGGAGAUUUCAACUUUACAAGAGAUGAAAUAGCUUUAGGACUUGAAGAACUUCGUAUUCAUGCUGUUACAAAAUUACAGGAGAGAGAAAAAUUUCACAAUUUGGGUGUUGCUACUCUCAAAGUGAAACUAACUGGGGCUUCACCCUCCACAAGUAGUGGAGCCCAACAGGUUAUUCCAGUUGAAUGCAGUUUAGACAUCACAGGAAAUGACUUUAGAAACUGCAUAGCAGCUAAGUUUGAUGUUUUGCCAACACUGCUUAAAUUAAUUUGUAAAGGAAGGGUGAUUGAUGAUAAUAUAAGUCUCCAGCAACAAAAUAUACAGAAUGGUGCUGAUGUUAUGGCCAUGUUUAUGACAUCCUCUGAAGCAAAGAUUGUGGAAAGUGAAGCUAAUAUUUUGGAGGUAGAAAAAACUAGAAGAGCAGCUGAGAUAUUAUCAUCAAGAGCAGAAGAAGAUGAUGAUGAUUUUGAUAUACAGAUAGCAGAUCAGAAUGGACAGCCUCUUGUUUUACCACUUGAUGAGAAAAAAGCUUUGACUUUAGCUAUGACGCUACAUGAAAAAGGUAGAGCCGCUUUGAAAAAUAAACGAGUAUCUUUAGCACUGCCUUUAUUUUUGGAAGCAGAUGCUGAAUUCAGUAAGUGCAGAUCACAGAUACUAAAUAGUGUUGACAACUAUGCCAUUUUGUGCUUGGAUAUUGUCUGGUGUUAUCUUUUGUUGAAAAAUUUGGAACAAUUACCAGACGCAGAAACUAGACUUGCUUCAAGUGAGUCGUGUUUUAAGCGUUGCUACGGGGAAAAGAUGGAGAGAUUAACAGCCAUAAAGGGUGGCACAGGAAUGGAACAAGUUUUAUUUAUGAGACUCUACUUGCUCCAGGGUAUUGUAGACUUCCAUAAAGGAGAGUUCAACAGUGCACAGAAUUUAUUUCGCAGGGCUGAGUUUGUACUGAAUUUGCUUCAUGUUGAUGAAAUCAAACUACAAGAAAUAAUGCUAAUGGGGUUCACUGAGCGUGAAGCCAGGCUUGGCUUAAGAGCAAAAAAUGGAAAUAUUCAGCAAGCUGUUGAAUAUAUUAUGGAGAAAAAAGCGGAAGAGAUUGAAGUAAACCAGCGAGCAAAAAAAGAAUGGAGACAAAGAGUCAGAAGUAAAAGGUUGGGCAGAACUGCUGGGGGUGAACCAGUUAAUGUCCGACACUAUGAUACUUUAGUUGACAUGGAGUUUCCCUCUGGAGCAGCAGCGGAGGCUUUACGGCAGGCUAACAAUGACAUCAACCAGGCUAUUGAAAUUUUAAAUACAAAACCAGAACUUUUCCAUCUGCCUGACCCUGAGAAAAUGAAGUUUGAGAUAACUGAGGAUAUGGUAACUCAGUUAUGCAGCCUGGGUUUUGAUUUAGAGGUAGCAAAGUCAGCCUUACACAAAUACAAAGGCAACAUCAGUCAGGCUGUUGAGGAACUUCUAAGACAUAAUGGGCAUUUAUCAUCUCCUUCAGCCUCAAUUUCGAGCUGGUCAGAUUCCUCAAUCUCCUCCAUGGCCUCCAUAGGAUCUUCUGAAUCUGGUGCAUCUACCAAUGAUAGUCCUAAAAAACCACUUGGUAAAAAUGAAAAAGAGGAAUUAAAUAAUUUAGUUUCUGAUAUAAGUACAGAUGCUAAUGAUCAUCUUGACUUGACACUUCAAGAAGAGAAAGAAAUAUUGCAAAUUUAUCUGAGUAUGAUAGAUAACAAACCAUCCUAAUACUGUCUUUUGAUGUGCAAUUUAUUCAACAACUUUUUUUUGUUUAAAAAUAAUACCCCAAAUAUUUAGAAGAUUUCAAAUUUUCAUGACUACUAACAACUAUUAUAAUUAUUAGGCCUACUUGAUUUUUUUACUUACAAAAAUCUACACCAAACUUUAAUUGCAAGUACUAGAAUCUAGCACUGUUAAAUUGUACAUCAAGUUCAGUGAUGAUCUAUUAAUUUUUAUUCUCUAAGAAUUAGAUCCUAAUCUAGUAGAACUAAAUCAAACUAGAAAUGUUUGUGUUAUUUUCAGCUAGUAGUGUCUAGAUUUAGAUAGAUCUAAAAAUAAAUAAUUGUUUUAAUCGACAAGGUGCUCAGAUAGAUAAAAUGUUUAAAACAUUACUUGAAAGUGUACCCCCCCCCCCCCCAACCGGGUAAAUAUUCUGGAAGAAACUCUAAUUCGUUGGGCGUGUGACCUUCCAGUAAAGGUCACCAGCCAUGGCGCAACAGUUCCUAGAUGAACACGAACGGCCAUGUGUUCGUGACCAAAGCGGGCACCCUAGAUGGGGGCAUCCCGCUGUGGUCAGGCAUGGAGAGGGGUGAGCGCUGCCAUGCGAUACCACCCCUAGACAAACCACUCUGCCCCCAACAAAGGUUAAGGGUUUAUUUGAUCUUUAAAGUUGAAACAAAUACCUUCCAUUAAAAAUGCCACCCCUUGUGCAGUCAAAAACACUUUCCGAUGGAAAUUCAAUAGCGAUUUUACUUUUAGCUACGGUUUUUAUUGAAUGUUUGUCACUGAGUAAUAAAUACUGAGGCUUAUCUUGUGCGAGCUAACAGUACAGUGUUUCUUCCAGACUAUUUUCUCGGGGGGGGGGGGGUGCAUUGGUAUUUGUUUUCUAUAUAAAUUCCAUUUCGUUCUGUGGUAGCUUAUUGAGUAGCUCACUUUUUUUUCUCAGAAUUUUCACCAUACACGUUGUAGAUAUAAAUGAACAGAAUAUCAUAACGUAUGUACCGAAAUUUGUCUCAACUGAUGGUAGAGAGGCUUUGAGUUUAAGAUUAAGUGCCUUAAGCGCAGGGAUCUUACUUGUUAUUUAACUUUGAAAGUUCGAUUUAUUUAACACAUUAAAUUAGACUAUUAUUUUUGGUUUAUAUUUUCUAAUAGUGUUUGUUUUUAUUCCCCCUUUUCCUUAUAAUAAAAUAAAUGAGUUUCAAUUUA